CAGCGAUCCAGUGGGUCUCCGGUGAUCCAGUGAGACUCCGGUGAUCCAGUGGGUCUCCGGUGAUCCAGUGCGACUCCGGUGAUCCAGUGGGUUUCCAGACUUUGUGGUUCUCCGGCCGGGGAGCCCAGUGACCCAGCGAUGCGGUGCCCGCUCGGCCGGCGCCGGCUGCCCCCGGCCGUGGCGCUGGUGCUGCUGGCCCUGGUCACCCUGCUGCUGCUGCUGGGGCGGAUCGAGGAGUGGGUGCUGAGCGGGGACGGGGCCGGGUUCGGGGAGACAGGCGGCCCCGGGCUGCCGCGGCGGCCCGCGCCCGGUGCUGGGUGGGCUCCCGGCCCCCUCCGGCUGCCCAACCCGGGCGCCUGCAGCGGCCCCCGCCCGGUCUUCCUGGUGACCCUGGUGACCAGCAGCCCCGGCCACCGGCGCCAGCGGCAGGCCAUCCGGGCCAGCUGGGGCUCGCUGGGCGAGGUGGCGGGCCGGCGGGUGCGCACCCUGUUCGCCCUGGGCCUGCCCGCCACCGCACGGGAGGCGCGGCUGCUGGAGGCCGAGGCCCAGCGGCACGGCGACUUGGUGCAGGGCCUCUUCGCCGACACCUACCUCAACCUGACGCUCAAGACGCUGAUGGUGCUGGGCUGGGCGCGGGAGCACUGCCCGGAGGCUCGCUUCCUGCUCAAAGCGGACGACGACGUCUUCGUCAACGUGCGGGCGCUGGUGACCCACCUGGCGGCCCUGAGCCCGCCCGAGCCCGGGCCCGAGCCGGGUGGGCCCCCGCGGCCCCACAGCCCGGCCGAGCCUGACCUCUACCUGGGCCGCGUCCACGCCGGCGUGCGGGUGGAGCGGGACCCCGUCAGCCCCUACUACGUGCCCGAGGCCACCUACUCGGCGCCCGUCUACCCCCACUACUGCAGCGGCACGGCCUACGUGCUUUCGCGCGGCGCUGCCGCCAAGGUGCUGGCCGCCGCCCACCGCCUGCCCCUCAUCCGGGUGGAGGACGCUUUCGUCGGCAUGUGUGCCCGGGCGGCCGGGCUCCGGCCCACGCCCUCGGCCCGCAUGGCGGGCUCGCAGCGCCUGUACCCGCACCGCUGCUGCCUCCGCCGUGCCUUUUCCUCGCACCACGUCGGCCCGGCCGAGCUGCCCGCCCUCUGGGUGCAGGUGGAAGAGGGCGGUGACUGCGGAGCCCUGCAGGGCCUGGCCGCCCUGCUCAUCUGCAACUCAGUCAGCUUCCUGCAGCAACUCCAGUACUGCUGGGCCGGUGCCAGGUAGUGCCAGGGGUCUGGUGCCCAGCGCCUCGUAGUGCCAGGGGUCUGGUGCCCAGCGCCUCGUAGUGCCAGGGGUCUGGUGCCCAGCGCCUCGUAGUGCCAGGGAUCUGGUGCCCAGUGCCUCGUAGUGCCAGGGGUCUGGUGCCCAUUGCCUCGUAGUGCCAGGGGUCUGGUGCCCAGCGCCUUGUGGUGCCAGGGAUCCAGGGACUGACUCCACGUAGUACUGGUGUUUCCUGGAAUACGGGGACCAUCUCCACGUGGGGCUGGUGUUUCCAGGGACUGGAGCCAAUUGGUGCCGGGGAUCUGGGCCCAGUGCCAAAUCGUGCUGAGGACCGGGAGCUGGCUGCGGGUAGUGCCGGGGAUUUGGGGACCGGUGCCUGGUUGCGCAGGGAAUCCCGCGACUGGUGCUGUGCAUCUGAAGCUCCCUGAGCAGUGGUUGUGGGGCUGAGGAACAGGUCUGGGACAGGCGAGUGGGUCUGGAACAUUCCUACCAGUGCUGAUCCGGUUUGGUACGGGCCAGGGCCAGUGGAUAGGAGAACGAAAGCCGGCAGCUCUCUGUUGCAGUGGGCUUCAUCCGGGACGUGGAGUUGCUGUGCGCUGGGAGCUGAGAUGGGGGUGUGUGGGCGGUGCUAACAGAAGAUUGGGACUGUUGUUCUGGAUGCCUCGGGCACUGAUAAACCUGACCA